AUGGGAAACCAACGCAAAAAGGCACCCAAGCACAAAGAUCCCGUAUUAUUGGGUCUCCCUGAUGGCGCAAUUGAGUCAAGUGACGAUGUGGACGCCUACAUUACCAAGAUCGGUGGUGUACCAGUAUGGCUCGACGCUGAGAAACUACCGUCACCCAAGGUGCUAGAAUGUGGCAAUUGUCGACGGCCAAUGUACUUGAUCUUUCAAGGCUAUGUCCCGUUAGCAGACUCUCCGUAUCACCGCGUGAUUUACGUAUGGGGCUGUAACCAACGAUUAUGCAUGCGUAAGGAAGGAAGUUUCUCGGUGCUUCGAUCACAUCUCGUGGAUCCUGAGUAUUUAGCAGCACAAAAGAAGAAAGAAGAGGAGAAGCGAAAAAAGGAACAAAGGAAAAAGCAACAACAGGCAUCACCCUUUGGCGCACCAGCUGGUUUCCAGUUGGGAGAUUUAUGGGGCGCUUCCUCACCCUCUACGACACCCGUGACCACAUCUUUUGCAUCGGUUGCAUCCAAAGCAUCAGCAUCAGCACAACCACCAUCAUCAUCCAGCAAUAGCUUGGCAGAUGCCAUGUCCAAAAUGAAUCUCGACGAUGAUACAACAACACAACACGUGAUUCCACCUGAAUCGAUUGUUAGUUUCCCAGCCGAGAACUUAUGGAUCACUGAAGAGGAUUUGAACAACAUGGCAUCCUUUGGUAUCGAUAUGUCGAGAUAUCAGGAAUAUGUCGAUAUGCAGAAUGCGCUACUCGAAAGUGCUGCAGCUGAUGAAGAAUGGAGUGGUGAAACGUACGAGAAGCAAACAUUACCCAAAGGUGUCGAUAAGCAAUUUCGGAAGUUCAUGGAGCGUGUUGAAUGCGAGCCGAGUCAAUGCGUACGUUAUGAAUGGGCUGGCGUCCCUUUGCUAUACCAUCAACUACAACAACCCCUGUCGUCACUCGCAGGUCGAUGCACACAUUGCGGUAGUCCACGUGUUUUUGAAAUGCAGCUCAUGCCCAAUGUAUUAUCUGUACUCCCUGUUGCGGAAUAUGCGUCAUCCAAUACAUCAUCGAGUGCUACUGGAGAUGAGCUCAAGGCGUGGGAUGUUGGUAUGGAAUUUGGCACGGUGAUGGUGUUUGUCUGCGAAAAGGAUUGUCAUCCAGGUGAUGUUGAAAGCCCCUCCCAUGUUCGAGAACAUGUUGUUGUACAGUAUGAAAAGGAUUAG